GCGUGGUUUUCUUGCGUCUCUCCGUGCAUCCCGGGUGGGAAGUACUAAUGCGCAAGGAAAAGACGCAAGUGAGGGACGCAGGGAUGCAAGUUAAGAGAAGUGAGAAGUACCCUUUGUUCGGCGGGAAAUUAAUUACAGGGUGCGUGAAACUACAUAUCCCAGUAUGCAGUGCGUUCGAAGGGAGAAUUUAAACGGCUAAGUGCAGCCGAGCAGCUGAGCUUCAGAAAUUCCUGGAAACGCCUCAACAUACCAGAAUAAUUAAACUCGGUUUCUGUUACCCGGGACUGUUAAACUGUUAUGAAGCUACGGGACCGGUGAGGGGGGGUUUUAACCUCCGUUUUUGCCAUGAAUUCACCGGUUUGUGGCGGUUUGCGUUAGCAUGCUAGGCUAAGCUAACUCGUUGCUAACGACUUUUCACCUGUUUGUGUCGGAUAGCGUUAGCAUGCUAGGCUAAGCUAACUCCUUUCUAAAGGACUUUCAGACUGUUGUUUCAGAAUCCAGUUUAUUACCAGAGCACCAUGACCCUUGCUCCAAAGGAGCUGUCCAACCUGCUGAGCAUCAUCUCGGAGGAGGCUUGCACCAACACCUUCGAGAGCCUCUCCACGCACUUCCAUCACUACUUCGGGAAGGCGGAGCACUUCCGGGUUGGGUCGGUGCUGGUGAUGCUCCUGCAGCAGCCCGACCUGCUGCCCAGCUCCCCGCAGAGGCUCACCGCACUCUACCUGCUGUGGGAGAUGUACCGAACAGAGCCGCUGGCCGCCAACCCCUUCGCUGCCGUGUUCGCUCACCUGCUGAACCCCUCACCUGCAGCCGGGGAGGAGCCGGAGAAGCUGCUCUCAGGCUUCCUGCCUCCCAUCACUCAGCCAGAGAAGUUCUUCCUGUCUCAGCUGAUGCUCGCGCCGCCCCGGGAUCUGUUCAAGAAAACCCCCCGACAGGUGUCCUGCAUGGACGUGGGCAACAUGCCACAGACCAUCGACAUCAGCGGGCUGCAGCUGGCACUAGCAGAGCGUCAGUCGGAGCUUCCCACUCAGAGUAAAGCCAGCUUCCCGAGCAUCCUGAACGACCCCGACCCGGACUGCUCAAACUCGGGCUUCGACAGCUCCGUGGCCAAUCAGAUCAUCGAGUCUCUGGUGACCGGGCCCCGCCCCCCACUGGAGAGUCACUUCCGGCCCGAGUUUAUCCGACCGCCUCCCCCCCUCCACGUCUGCGAGGACGAGCUGGCCUGGCUGAACCCGACGGAGCCGGACCACAGCGUCCAAUGGGACCGAUCCAUGUGUGUGAAGAACAGCACCGGGGUGGAGAUCAAACGCAUCAUGGCCAAAGCCUUCAAGAGCCCGCUGUCUGCCCAGCAGCAGUCCCAGCUGCUGGCGGACCUGGAGAAGGACCUGAAGCUGGUGUAUCACAUCGGCCUGUCCCCGGCUAAACUCCCCGACCUGGUGGAGAACAAUCCUCUGGUGGCCAUCGAGAUGCUGCUGAAGCUCAUGCAGAGCUCGCAGAUCACAGAGUACUUCUCCGUGCUCGUCAACAUGGACAUGUCCCUGCACUCCAUGGAGGUCGUCAACAGGUUGACCACGGCUGUGGAUCUUCCUCCCGAGUUCAUCCAUCUUUACAUCUCCAACUGCAUCUCCACCUGCGAGCAGAUCAAGGACAAGUACAUGCAGAACCGCCUGGUGCGCCUGGUCUGCGUCUUCCUGCAGUCCCUGAUCAGGAACAAGAUCAUCAACGUGCAGGACCUGUUCAUCGAGGUGCAGGCCUUCUGCAUCGAGUUCAGCCGGAUCCGAGAAGCCGCCGGACUCUUCCGGCUGCUGAAGACCCUCGACACCGGAGAGACCCCCGCCGAGGCCAAGCCUGUCAAAUAGUGAUCCUCUGAGAGACUCUACCUGAGACUGUACCUGAGACACAGCGCGGGGCCGAGCUGCUAAAUAACGCCCUUCCAUCAGCCAGGUCCUAGCGGCUGGGAUUAAAGUUAAUUUGUAAAUAUUUAGUGACUUGAAACCGGUUCUGAGCCCCCCUCUCUUUUCCAGAUGUCUAAAACAGGAUUAACUCGUUCCAGUGUCAUUUUUUUACCAGAUCUCUUUUCUUUGGAAAUCUCGCCAUGUUUUCUCUGAUUAAACAGAUGUUUAACUGAA